GACUCGCGGUUAGACGUUUGUUUAUUCGUUAUCUCUUCGUAUCGCAGUAAACUCGAAGACUUCGCCAAUCCGGUACAAUAUUUAGAUUUUGGGCGGAUCCCUUUGGUUUCCAUUUCUUUGUAACAUAGCCUUUUACCCCACAACUACCAAAAUGUCUGUGAUGGGCAAAGUUUUACCUCAUGUUUCGAGCCGUAAUUUCGGCAAAAUCAGUGCCGCUUUGUGCAGUGGGAAAUAUAAUAGGACCUAUUUUACUUAUACUCAAGAGUUGUCGCAGCCUUUGGACCGAAAACCGGAAUACUUGACCGCGAAGGAAGCCUUCGAGAAAUGUUUGAAAUCAGGGCAGACAGUAUUCGCACAGGGCGCAGCCGCGACCCCGGUUCCGCUGCUCAACGCCAUGACCGAUGUGGGCAAGGCAGGCAGCUUGCGAGACAUCAAGGUGGUCCACAUGCACACCGAGAAGGAGGCAGCUUAUGUUGCGCCUGAGUGCAAGGACAUCUUCAGAUCGUGUUCCCUGUUCAUGGCAGCGAACGUUCGCAAGUCGGUGGCGGAGGGCCGGUCUGAUGCCAUCCCCAUAUUCCUCCAGGACAUCCCCAAGUUGUUCCACAGGAAGAUCAUCAGGCCCGACAUUGCUGUCGUCCAGGUUUCUCCCCCCGACCAGCACGGGUACUGCAGUCUUGGUACCUCGGUGGACUGCGUCAGGUCGGCUCUAGUCAACUCUAAGGUCAUCAUAGCGCAAGUAAAUCCGAACAUGCCUCGAACAUUCGGUGACGCGAUCAUCCACAUGUCUCACAUCGACUACGCGGUGGACGACAGCACGCCGCUGCCAGAGCAUGGCGUGGGCAAGGCUGCGAGCCCUGAGGAGACCAAGAUCGGACAGCUCAUUGGAGAGAAUCUGGUUGAAGACGGCGCUACUCUGCAGAUGGGUAUCGGCAGCAUCCCCGACGCGGUGCUGUCGGCCCUCAAGAACCACAAGGACCUCGGCAUCCACUCGGAGAUGUUCAGCGUCGGGGUCAUCGACCUCGUCAGGCGGGGCUGCGUCACCAACAACAAAAAGAAGACGCACAGAGGCCGCAUCGUAGGCAGCUUCCUAGUCGGUAACAAGGAGUUAUACGAUUUCGUGGACAACAAUCCCUUCAUUGAGAUGUUGGAGAUAGACUACGUAAACAACACGCAUAUAGUGUCGCUUCAGCCGACUAUGACGGCCAUCAACUCGUGCAUCGAGGUCGACCUCACCGGACAGGUGUGCGCUGACUCCAUCGGUACCCGUAUGUACUCGGGCUUCGGUGGGCAAGUGGAUUUCAUUCGCGGUGCGGCGGAGUCUGUGGACGGGAAAGGCAAGCCCAUCAUCGCUCUCGUGUCUACUACUAAGAAGGGCGAGAGUAAGAUUGUGCCUACGUUGAAAGUUGGUGCUGGAGUAGUGACAUCUCGCGCCCACGUCCACUACGUGGUCACUGAACAAGGCAUUGCCAAUCUCUUCGGCAAGACUCUCCGACAACGCGCCUACGAACUCAUCAAGGUUUCCCACCCUGAUCACCGCGAAGCACUAGAGAAGGCGGCCUUUGAACGCCUCAAGUGCAUGCCAGCCCCUUAAAAAAAACACAAAAACAAACAUAAAAUUGGCCCCAAAAAAAUCACAACGACACCAUAUUUGUUAAACGAAAUAUACUCGCAAGUUAGCCGCAUAUUUAUCAAUAGAUACAUACGCUCAUUUUAGAUUUAACCACGAAUAGGUCGUGGAAAGGAAUGGUGCUAAACCGCCAUUUUCGAAUUGUUAAAUUUUGGCGCCAAAUUAAUUUAGAUGUUGGCAAUAAUUCCGUACACGUAUGUUUUUUUACGCAAAAAUAUACUAGAAGUUUGUGGAAUGGAAUGAGGACGAACAGAAAUGAUUAAUAAUGUAAAUUUAUGGGCCUAUUUUUGCUGGAUUAUAAAAAAAAUCUACGGAAAAUGACCUCGGGUUGCCAGCAAAGAAAUUACUACUAUCUUAGUAGAAAUUAUGGUAGUUUUUUCUAGUAUUAAAUCGUGUUAAAAUUCACUGCCAAGAAUAUCUGUUGAUUUUCUUGAUCGUCAAAUGCCUGAAUAGUUGUAAGUAUAGAAAUGCACCUAGAAUUCCAAACGAGAUGCAUUUUAAACUUAUUGUUAGAGAUCAGCUAGUACAUGUUUAGUGAUAUGAUAACAUAGUCUUCAUAACAAUGCCUUAACACGUCAAUAGUAAAAACUUAGCAUAAGCGUAAGUGCAUUUUUUUAUUAUUGUUUAAAAAUCACGCUUCAUUUUUUAUUUUUUUUGACCUGAUUCGAAUUUAUUUAAGGAAUUUAUUUGUGUAUCAUUUAUUUUGUAAGUUUAUUUACAAUAUCCCUUUAAAAAUGUUACGAUUUGAUCAUUGUUGUAUUUUUUAUUAAAUAAAGCGUACUUCUAUGAUA